UUUACAACGUAAACCAGUCUAAGAAGAAGGAUUGAGGACUUUCCUCCUGAUCUGUGUCUAGAAAUGAAGCGCUGUCACUUUCCAGUGCAUUCGCUUCUUUUUCUUUUUCUCAUGUUUGGUGGCUUGACAUUCGCAGACCGUGUCGUUGAUGUACGGGGUAAAACUCUCAGUCGAGGCACAGACAAAGGAAUGGCUUAUGCCAAAUUUAAGGCUCACAAGUUUUCUUACCUAAACAUCAGCAACAUUGGUUCAGAUUAUGUUAUGAAAGGCAGUGAGUGUGGACUGGCUUGUGUCAACAUACCUUUAUGCUUCUCCUUCAACCUGGCUGCACUUCAAGAUGUCAUUGGUAAAUUACUGUGUGAAUUACUUCCAUCGGACAUUUACAACAACUCGGAAAAGUUUGUCGCCAAUCACAGUCACCAUCACUUUAGUAUCACAUCUCCAUGUAUCAGUUGGCCCUGUCAAAACAAGGGGACAUGCACAGCACAUUACGAGAAGAACAGUUAUGUGUGCGUUUGCACGAAAGGGUACACUGGGAAACAUUGUGAAAUCGACAUUGAUGAAUGCGCCGAGGACUCACACACUUGCGAUGUCAAAACUCAUUGUGCAAAUACUGUGGGAUCCUACAUAUGCACCUGUAAGCCAACCUAUUAUAGAAAUGGAGAAACAUGCAGACAAAUUGCCCUGAACGCUUCCAGUAUCCUAAGCGGUCUUGACCGUGACAAGUACCUAGGAGUGCUGGUAUCGUACUUGAGUCCUGUUCUCAUGGAUUUAAACCGCAGUGUAUUUUUGAGAUGCUGGCAUGCCAAGACAGACGGAUGGGCUGCAGCGACAUUUCACAACAAUUGUGAUGGAAAAGGACCCACAGUGACGAUCAUCCAAGUCAAUUCUCAUAUUUUUGGUGGAUAUACCAAUGUAUCUUGGAACGCUGCAGGCAACAGAUGCAGUUGUGUUUUAGCCAGUAAGGCCUUUAUCUUCUCACUCCACAACAUCAAUGGAUACGCUCCCGUGAAACUCUCACAACACAAACACAGAGGUUUCUGCUCUAUGAGAAACUGUCCCUCUCUUGGACCCUCGUUCGGUUAUGCAGAUAUCCGUGUCGCGAAUGACGCUGUCAACAAGAAUGACUCCUUCACCCACUGUGGAUGCAGGUACACCCCUCCCCCAAGAUAUUCACAUAAGGACUGUCCAUUUUUUGCCGGCACCAUUAAGUUUUCUCCCACUAACAUCGAAGUAUUCUACGAAGUUUUACCUUAAAGAAAAUGUCAUCGUUCAUGACAUUAAAAGAUUCAUUAGCAGACAAUUUAGUGCACUGAUGUAAUCGUUUUGCAGUACAAGCAUAAACACCUUUAUAAAUAGAACUUCAAUGUGCAUUUAAAUCAAUUUGCAGGUGGUCAAAUUAUGCAUGUGAAUCUGUAUUUCCACUUAUUACAGUAUGACUACAUCGCGCGCAUGAUGUACUUGAAGUUAUUUUGACUCAUGUUUACUUGCUUUAAAAUGCUGUCUUAGUGUAGGGUAAGUAAUCACUAAAUUACUAUUGAGUAAGACCUAAUGA